CGGCGUGAACAGACGCUCGGAGUAUAGAGAAAAGUGUGUCAUAUGUACAGCCUGUACGUUUCAAGUUUGCGAGUUACAUGAUCGUAACAGAAAGGAUAUCAUCCGAUACACUUCCUGCAGACUUUCACCGGAGUAUCGACCCACGACUUCAGCACCAUGUCGACGGCUGGCAGCAAAAAGUUAAUCAAUGACGUUGAUGCAUGCGUGGACGAAUGUCUGGAUGGUUUGGUAGCGGUCAAUCCCGGCCUGAAGAAGUUAGCCGGACACAGAGUGAUAGUGAGAUCCGAUAUCGACUCGGUCAUCCGAAAGGGGCAGGUCGGGCUGUUGUCAGGGGGAGGGUCCGGCCAUGAACCCGCCCAUGCCGGAUACAUUGGUGAAGGGAUGCUGAGUACGGCUGUUGCUGGCGCUGUGUUUACGUCCCCACCCCCCAACAGCAUUCAAGCCGCAGUGAGAGCUGUUGGCAAAAACAACCCAGGGGGAGUGUUGAUGAUUGUGAAGAACUACACUGGGGACCGACUCAACUUCGGCCUGGCUGCCGAGAGGGCCAAGGCAGAGGGCAUCAGUGUUGAUAUGGUGGUGGUGGCGGAGGAUUGCGCCCUCACAUCCACGGACAAGACAGCCGGCAGGAGGGGUCUUUGUGGGACGGUCCUCAUACACAAGAUAGCGGGUGCCCUGGCUGAAGAGGGGAAGACUUUGUCUGAAAUUGUGACCAUUGCCAGAGAUGCUGCAACAAAAAAUGGGUGGACUAUUGGGCUGUGUCUGUCCCCCUGCAGUGUACCUGGCUCCGGACCUUCCUUCCACAUCCAGGAUGAUGAGAUGGAACUCGGCCUGGGUAUCCAUGGGGAGGCUGGAGUCAAGAGGACCAAGCUGGUGAGUGCUAAGGAGGCGGUCAAGAUGAUGCUGGACCACAUGACCAACCCGAAGACCACCACACAUCUCAGCCUGUCUGCAGGUGACCGUGUGGCGUGUAUGGUGAACAACUUGGGAGGAACAUCCGUCCUGGAGCUCAACAUUGUGGCACGAGAGGCAGUCUGCUACCUAGAGGGUCGAGGACUGAAAGUCGAUCGCAUGUACUGUGGGACGUUCAUGACGUCGCUCCAGAUGGCGGGCGUGUCCAUCACCCUGCUUAAGCUGGAUGACACAUUGUGUCGCUGUCUAGAUGCUCCAACAUCAGCACCUGGGUGGUCGAAGCCGUACCUGCCUCGUGGAGUGACGGACAGACAGACACCAGGACAGAUGACCAUUGAUGAUUCAAGCACGGAUACAGUGGUCAGUGGAGACGAGUCAGUCAGCUUGUCACAAGAGGAUGGUGCCCGGCUGUAUAAUGUACUGUCUGCAGUGAGUCUGUCUCUGGUGGCUGCGGAGGGUCGGCUCAACUCUCUGGACCGCGAGGCAGGGGAUGGAGACUGUGGGACAACAGUCAGUCGGGGGGCUAAAGCCAUCCUUUCCAAACUUGGUACGAAGGACAACCCAGGCUUGCCAGUGAGGAACCCAUCUUCCCUGGCCCUGUCUCUGGCCAACAUAGUAGAGACAGACAUGGGGGGCUCGUCGGGAGCUCUGUACAGCUUGUUCUUGACUGCAGCAGCGAAGUGCCUGAAGACAUCAGCAGGAGCUGCAGCAUGGAGCACGGCCCUGCACCAGGGCAUUCAGGCUGUCACCAGAUAUGGAGGAGCAGAACCGGGGGACAGAACCAUGCUUGACGCCCUCUAUCCUGCCAGUUCUACGUUGGAGAAACAGCUGCCUCAGUUACCUCCCCUGGAAGCAUUUGCUAAGGCUGUGGAGGCGGCGCAGCAAGGGGCAGAUGCUACAGCUGGUAUGAAGGCAGGAGCAGGGAGGGCCAGCUAUGUGGGGGCGGUGAAGCUCAACCAGCCUGACCCUGGGGCUGUCGCUGUCACAAUCUGGAUGAAGGCAGCACUUGCCUCACUCACAUCAUAAUCACAGAAACAUAUCCUUGACUGAAGACUUGUGAUAUCAGAUCCAGUAUGUUUUUAUCCAGCAGUUAAAAAGUGGCCCAGUGCUUAUUAUAUCAAUAUUUUGGGGCCCUUGUAUUUCUGGGAGACAUUUCAAGGAGAAAUCUGUACCAGGGUGUAAUAAACCCAGAGCUUAUAUGAGAUUUGAGAAGAAGCGCCAGUUAGUGAUCAGGCAUUCAUUUGCGUCAAACUGGCAUUUAUUGAAGGAAAUAUGGUAUGUUGCUUCUGUUACAAGUGUCAUGAUGUGAUCAGUUAUUUGCUUCAAACUGGCAUUUAUUGAAGGAAAUAUGGUAUGUUGCUUCUGUUACAAGUGUCAUAGUGUGAUCAGUUAUUUGCUUCAGACCGGCAUUUAUUGAAGGAAAUAUGGUAUGUUGCUUCUGAUGCGGAUAUCUAUUUAAUCAGUGGCAUAUUUUAUCCAGCAGAUCAAUAAUGGCCCAGUGCUUAUUAUUUAAAUAUUUUGUGACCCCUUGAAUUUUUCUGUUUUUCAUACCAAGGAGAAAUCUGUACCAUUGUGUAAUAUACACAGUACUUCUUUGAGAUUUGAGAAUUAGUCCCAACUAGUGGUCAGGCAGUUAUUUGCAUGGACUGUCAUUUACUGGCGGGAAUAUGGUAUGUUGCUUCUGAUGUAGGUGUCUCUAUGUAAUCAGUGGUACUGGCCAUGAAAUACAUAUGCAGGAUGAUUUUUAUUUCUGAAUUUCACAGAUACACAGAUACCGAUUUUCAGAAAGUUUACAUUAUCAAAUGUAUUUUGAAUAUCAGUGACCUUAAUCUA